GUGUAAUUGUAAGAAAUUGGCCCGUCCACGGGCGUGGCACGGCUUGUUGAGAGGCUGCCCCGCUCUUCCGUCUCACUGUGCCGUACGGCAGCAGCGCCGCCGCUGCUCACCUCUCACCCGCAGCUGUUCCCCUCUCAAAAUUGCCCCCAACAACCUCCCAGGGGCAUCAUGGGCAACGCCUGGUCGCCACCCCCAAAUUGCCUCCAAAUCGAGCUCCGCGGCGGCGGCAAGCAGUGCGACUGCGGUCCUUUGCGUGUGGAGGAGUACACGGUGGCCAACGACCAGCGCGUCCUGGCCCGCGUCUCCGGCGAAGAGGCGCGGGAGUACAUACGCGGCGUCAACGCCCACGUCGCCAAGGGCACGGGAAAGUACCGCUGGCCGAUCUGCGGCUGCUUCGCCUGCUUCCUCCUCGGCGCGGCGUUAUUCGGCGUCAUGAUGGGCGUGUUCCACGAGGAGAAGCGGCUCCGCUGCGAGGCGCGCCUAUGCUCGCGCGGCGAGGACCCCCUCCUCCUUCCUCAUGGAAAGCCGUGCUGCGUCUUCUGGUGCUGCGGCGAAGGCAUGGACGGGGGGAAACAUCACCACGAGCUCCCCGCGCGGCCUUACAAUACCAGCUGGGACGUGUGGUCGAGCGAAGCCUACUUCGGGAUCGACGAGCGGUGCUCGCUCUACCACGACGGAGACGAGCACCGGCCGGAGGACCACACGCCGAGGGACGCGAACUACGGCUGCGGAAGCUGCCCCGCGAGACUCUCCGACGAGGGGGAGUGCAAGACCAUGUUCGAGGGCCCCGCGAAGGACUACGAAGUGACCUGGCCGCUCCUGUUCCUGAUACCUUACCUGCUGCCAAUUCCAUUUAUCAUCUUCUUCAUCUGCGCCUCGGCGUGCGCGGUCCCGCGCCUCUACGAGGAAGCUUUUGAGGACUGGCGGGCGCGGGGAGUAGUCACGCAUGUGACGUACCAGCGAGGUGGAAAGCACUCGCCAAACUAUCUGCGCCUAUGGUUCCCGCCCGGGCAAUCGGUGCAGCCGGUGAUCACAGGCCCGGUGGUCACAGGCCAGAACACCUUCCUGGUCCAGGUCCCGCCCGGCAGUCACGCGGGCCAGAUGAUGCAGGUCACGAGUCCUGCGGGCGUGCCGAUGCAGGUCCAGAUACCUGCGGGCAUGUAUCCCGGUGCCACGUUCGCCGUCGCCUCCCCGGCGGCGCCCGCCGUGGGCGUCGUCGAGGGGGUCAGCUACGCCGAAGAAGAAGCGGGGGAGCCCGUCCUGCAGGCCAAGGUCGUGCCGGAGAGGGAGUGGUAGUUCUUGUUUGUACAUAUUGAUUACAAAAA